ACGCGUGUCUCUGCGUGUGUGUGUGUGUCAGCGCUCAGCUCCAUCUCCCCGGGCCGGGUUACAGCAGCACUCUCACUGCGGGACUAGCCGCUGUAGCGUUAGCCCGGCUUUACCAGCUAAUCAGCGUGGGGAGUGGCGCAGGGUUUUGGUUUUGUUUUGGUUCCUGUUUUCGACAAUUCAUGCACAUUUCGUGUGUGAAGCAUUCAGCUGACAUACAAGCCGUGUCCGCAGAGAUAGGUCUACGAUGCCUGUAACGGAAAACCUCCAUAUUUAUAAACCGGAAUAAAUGCGCUUCUUCUUCUUCUUCUUCUUCUUGUUCUUGUUGAACUUCAAAGCUAGCCGUGAUGUGAUGCUGCCCUUGUCCAGACCUCGCUGUGUGCCGGCGCUCCUCUCUCCACCGUAAGCGGACAGCUGGACGCUGGAUGUUAUGGAGGCCCAGGUUUCCCAGGCGCACGCGCCACUCACUCCGCUCGCUCCACAAACCCAGCACAGGAAACGACCCGAGGACUUCAAGUUCGGCAGAAUCCUGGGAGAAGGCUCCUUCUCAACCGUGGUUCUAGCAAAAGAGGUUUCAACGGGAAAGGAAUACGCAAUGAAGAUUCUGGAGAAGCUGCACAUCAAGAAGGAGAAUAAAACACACUAUGUGAAGAGGGAGAGAGACAUCAUGUCCAGCAUCAAUCAUCCCUUUUUUGUAAAGCUCUACUUCACCUUCCAGGAUGCUGAGAAGUUGUAUUUCGGACUGAGUUACGCGAAGAACGGCGAGCUGCUGCGCUACAUCCGCAAGAUCGGCUCCUUCGAUGAGACGUGCACGCGCUUUUACGCCGCCGAGCUGGUCAGCGCUCUCGAGUAUCUCCACUCAGUGGGGAUUAUUCACAGGGAUCUGAAACCUGAGAAUAUUUUACUGAGUGAGGAGAUGCACAUUCAGAUUACUGACUUUGGAACAGCAAAGCAGUUUUCUUCAGACAGCUCACAGACAAGAGCAAACUCUUUUGUCGGGACAGCGCAGUACGUUUCUCCAGAGCUGCUGACUAAAAAAUCAGCAUGUAAAAGUUCGGAUCUCUGGGCUCUGGGCUGUAUCGUUUACCAGCUGGUGGCCGGAUUGCCCCCCUUCAGAGCAGCGAAUGAGUACUUGAUAUUCCAGAAGAUAAUAAAAUUGGAGUAUGAAUUUCCGGAGAAAUUCUUUCCCAAAGCUAAGGAUCUGGUGGAGAAGCUAUUAUGUUCAGAUCCUGCAAACCGUCUAGGCUGUGAGGAGAUGGGAGGCUACAAUCCCCUGAAAGCCCACGCCUUCUUCGAGAGCAUCUCUUGGGAGAACCUUCAUCUGCAGACUCCUCCGAAACUCACCCCAUACCUGCCGGCCAUGGCCGAGGAUGAGGAGGAGUACUACGGCAAUUAUGAUGACCUCCUGAGUCAGUUCAGCAGCAUGGAGGUGGUUCACUCCAGUUCCUCGCAGGCUCUCUCGGUGCCGACCAUGCUGCUGCCCCAGAGAUCCAUCAGCAACAUCGAGCAGUACAUCCACGACCUGGACAACAACUCCUUCGAGCUGGACCUGCAGUUCUCCAGCGAGGAGAAGCAGCUGCUGUUGCAGAAGCAGACCAACAGGAACCCCUGGCACCAGUUUGUUGAAAACAAUUUGAUACUAAAAAUGGGACCAGUAGACAAAAGAAAGGGUUUGUUUGCUCGCCGAAGGCAGCUGCUGCUGACGGAAGGGCCGCAUCUCUACUACGUAGAUCCUGUGAAUAAAGUCCUCAAAGGCGAGAUUCCCUGGUCUCCUGAGCUGCGACCGGAAGCCAAGAACUUCAAGACUUUCUUUGUCCACACGCCAAACAGGACGUAUUAUUUAAUGGACCCCAAUGGCAACGCGGACAAAUGGUGUAAGAAGAUCCAGGAAGUCUGGGGAAAGAUUUACCACAAUCAUCAGACUACUGACAUGUAGAGCGAGAGCGAGAGAGAGCGAGAGAGAGAGAGAGAGAGAGAGAGAGAGAGAGAGUGUCUUUUCCUCAAGUUGAGACACAUCCUCAUGAACUGAGCCUUUCAUUAGUUAAGCACCUUGUGGCAAGAACAGCAUUUCAAGAGCAAGUUAAAAAAACACACACAUUCUGUAGGAGGCUUGUGCGAUAUAGAUACGAUUUUAUUUUCCCUAAUUGCGAUUUUCCACGUUUAAAUAUUGUGAUAAACAACUUAAUCAUCGAAAAGAGAUCAUUUCCAGCAGAAAAAAAUAGAUGUUUGACUGCUGAUGUGUGUUCAGACUUGUACUGCAGUAUCAGUGUCCCUCCUUCAGAGAUCAAUAAUACACUUCCCAAAUUCACAAAAUACGUUUUUGAUCAAAGCUGCCCCUCAGCCCCCCACACCCCACCCAUCUGUCUCUCUAUCUGUCUAUCUAUCUGUCUGUUUGUGUCUAUCUAUCUGUCUACCUAUCUGUUUGUGUCUAUCUCUCUGUCUAUCUAUCUGUCUGUCUCUAUCUAUCUGUCUAUCUAUCUGUCUGUGUCUAUCUAUCUAUCUAUCUAUCUAUCUAUCUAUCUAUCUAUCUAUCUAUCUAUCUAUCUAUCUGUCUGUCUCUCUAUCUGGCUGUCUCUAUCUGUCUAUCUAUCUGUCUGUCUCUAUCUAUCUGUCUCUCUAUCUGUCUGUCUCUAUCUAUCUGUCUCUCUAUCUGUCUGCCUCUGUCUAUUUAUCUGUCUGUCUAUCUAUCUGUCUGUCUAUCUAUCUGUCUGUCUAUCUAUCUGUCUCUUUAUCUAUAUGUCUAUCUAUCUAUCUGUCUAUUUAUCUGUCUCUCUAUCUAUCUGUUUGUGUCUAUCUAUCUGUCUAUCUAUCUGUCUGUCUCUAUCUAUCUGUCUAUCUAUCUGUCUGUGUCUAUCUAUCUGUCUAUCUAUCUGUCUGCCUCUGUCUAUUUAUCUGUCUGUCUAUCUAUCUGUCUCUCUAUCUGUCUGCCUCUGUCUAUUUAUCUGUCUGUCUAUCUAUCUGUCUGUCUAUCUAUCUGUCUGUCUAUCUAUCUGUCUGUCUAUCUAUCUGUCUCUUUAUCUAUAUGUCUAUCUAUCUAUCUGUCUAUUUAUCUGUCUCUCUAUCUAUCUGUUUGUGUCUAUCUAUCUGUCUCUUUAUCUAUCUGUCUAUCUAUCUGUCUGUGUCUCUCUAUCUAUCUGUCUAUCUAUCUGUCUGUCUAUCUGUCUGUCUCUUUAUCUAUCUGUCUUUCUAUCUAUCUCUCUAUCUAUCUGUUUGUGUCUAUCUAUCUAUCUAUCUAUCUAUCUAUCUAUCUAUCUAUCUAUCUAUCUAUCUAUCUAUCUAUCUAUCUAUCUAUCUGUCUAUCUAUUUGUUUCUCUAUCUAUCUGCCUAUCUAUCUGUCUGUCUAUUUAUCUAUCUGUCUGUCUCUAUCUAUCUAUCUGACUCUAAAAGUAUUGGCACCCUAUCGAUCCAUCUAUUUCUCUGUAUUAUUUUUGAGUGAAUUUGUGAUGUUUUUGUGGGGAAUGCCGAACGUUUAACAGUUGACAGAUCUGAUAAUAUAAUAUAAUACAAUGUAAUAUAAUAUAAUAUAGUGGGUGAGAAAUGUCACUGGGAUGGUGGGCGUGUAAAUUCAUGUAGGGAAGAUAAGGUUAUAAUAUCGCACAAGCCUGAGGAAGUCCACAGAUGUUCUGCUUGUUCUCUGUGCUCGUGAGCUCGCACCUCGCUCUGUAGUGUUCCGCAGAUUCCUAAUCUAACUUUAAUUUAUAAGGAUAAGAGCCAGUGCACUGCUAGUGAUACGUCUGUAUAGAGCUCAAAGCUCCACAUGCACCGAUUUGCGUUCCCUUUAAGGGCUGCAAUCGAGUUAAACACGGCCGUGUGUCGUCAGCGACGAGGCUCCUGACACCGCAGGUACUCAGAGACACCAGAGGAUUGCAUUUUGCACUGAACUGUACAUAAAAGCAGGACGAGCGUGUCGAUCGGUUAUACGACUGCUGUAGACGUUUUUGUUGCACCUUCCUCGUACGAGGACUUUUUUUGUUCAGCAUGGAAAUUAGUGCCUGUUAUGUUGGACUUCAGAUCUUAAUUCAGACUUCUUAUUUAUUAACGUGUGAGUGUGCGGGGGGUAAACUCCUCCCCCCGUGCUUCUCUUCUCUACAUUAUUGUGUAUAAGUUUGUGUUGUUUAACACAGGGCACGCUAUCAGGGAAGUCUGAUGAGUUACAGGAGUCACAGUUGGCCGUCUGGAGCUGCAGACGAGAUUUUUUUGUUGCUGCCACAGAAACUAUGACUACUUUUAAGCAGCUCCUUUAAGUCCUGGAUUUAAGGCUUUGGUGCUGCGUCAUCACUUAAAAGACUAAAUAACUGUUCACUAUUUAUGCUGAAUGGGAUCAUUCUGGCAUUAUAGUGAUGUUUUAUUUGUACUUUUGUGGUUGUUGGUUGGAUUAUUUAUUUAUUUUUUUUGUUCGUUUACAGAUUAUUUUCUUAAGAUUUAGCUAAAGGUACACUUAAAGGCUUUUCACACUUAUGGGUGUGGCUGUAAUCUGGUGUAAACUCAGUCCUGGGUUGUGUAGUUGGAGGUUUCACACUGCUCCUACUUUACCCGGGGUUAACACUGAAUCCUGGCUCUUCAUAAUCUGCCCUUGUUUCACACUCUACAUUCCUAAACCCUGCUGCAAUCUUCUUCUUAUUUACAUAUUUGCAGCAUCAACAACCCUGAUUGGAUAAAUCCAGCGCGCGAGAGCUUUAAAUAACGGCUCGUCUCACGCUUUCACAUCAGUGAGGAAAAAAGUUCAGGUCUGUGCUUCUGCACCCGAGCAGGUUUUGUUAUCUUUCACAGCUUUCUCAUCUUUUUUGCUCUUUUUAAGUUUGUGGUGUAGUCGACCAGACGUUGGUUGAUAUCUCUGUAACGUAUUUCCCCCUCGCUACGGCGCGCACUUCAUCUUCAGCGUUUUUCCACCUGACUCUAUCUACCGAGCCGUUUUUGUUAAGUGUAGCUACGUCCUGGUUUUCACCUGAUAUGAGGCACAGAGACGCUGUUCAGUUUCUGAUUGGGUUUCUGUUGCUAAGCGUCGAGUCGUAACAUUGGAACAGCACAUGGUUUCACACUGUAGACGUUUAGCAGAGCAAUGUGGAGUUAACACUGUAAAAGCUUCAGAGCAGGGUUUCAGAACCCCAGGGAAAAAGCAGAGCUAACCCCGCUUCUACAUUACACCUGUGAAACCUUCCUCUACCCGGGGUUAAGAGCAGGGUUUAGAUCUACAAUAACCCGGGGUUAAGAGCAGGGUUUAGAGCUACAAUAACCCGGGGAUAAGAGCAGGGUUUAGAGUUACAAUAACCUGGUGUUAAGAGCUGGGUUUAGAGCUACAAUAACCCGGGGUUAAGAGCAGGGUUUAGAGUUACAAUAACCCGGGGUUAAGAGCAGGGUUUAGAGCUACAAUAACCCGGGGUUAAGAGCAGGGUUUAGAGUUACAAUAACCCGGGGUUAAGAGCAGGGUUUAGAGUUACAAUAACCCGGGGUUAAGAGCAGGGUUUAGAGUUACAAUAACCCGGGGUUAAGAGCAGGGUUUAGAGUUACAAUAACCCGGGGUUAAGAGCAGGGUUUAGAGUUACAAUAACCCGGGGUUAAGAGCAGGGUUUAGAGUUACAAUAACCCGGGGUUAAGAGCAGGGUUUAGAUCUACAAUAACCUGGGGUUAAGAGCAGGGUUUAGAGUUACAAUAACCCGGGGUUAAGAGCAGGGUUUAGAGCUACAAUAACCCGGGGUUAAGAGCAGGGUUUAGAUCUACAAUACCCCGGUGUUAAGAGCAGGGUUUAGAUCUACAAUAACCCGGGGUUAAGAGCAGGGUUUAGAGUUACAAUAACCCGGGGUUAAGAGCAGGGUUUAGAGUUACAAUAACCCGGGGUUAAGAGCAGGGUUUAGAUCUACAAUAACCCGGGGUUAAGAGCAGGGUUUAGAGCUACAAUAACCCAGUGUUAAGAGCAGGGUUUAGAGUUACAAUAAUAAUCCACAACAGCAGUGUGGGAAGCCUUUUAAUUCGCUACAUUUUUUAGCAGGUUUUUUGUGUUUGUUUCAGUUUUUUUAGCUUCAUUGAAAUUCUCUGUAGCUGUAAAUAAGAUCUCUAAACGCAAUCCCAAACACAGUGAAAUGCUGUAUCAGUGGUAAGUACCACGUGGAUGUGGAUUUCUCCUGAUGGAUUUAUUUUUUUCGUUGUACGUUUGAGACUCUACCUGCUCUGUGGCCGAAAUCAACUGUGAUGUACAGAUCUUGAGAAAGUAACGUCACGUUACGGAGAUACAGCUUUUAUAUUUUUAUUCUUCUAUCAGAUUAUUUGCUGCCGGUGGUUCAGCUGGCUGUUUUAUUUGUGUUUUAUUUAAAGUCUAAUAUAUGAACCGUGUUUCGAGAGAUGACAUUCAGGGGCCGUCACCUACAUCCAGACAUGUAAAACCUUUGAAUGUGAAAAAAAAUGACAAUUGUAAGCUAUUAUCUUUUGCUGCCUUCUCAUUUCAUUGUACAAUUUCUGUUUGGUUAUUGAACGAAUCAUACCGAAUGUAAAUGUUUAUUUUCUUGGGUUUUGCGUGUUAUUUAAAGAUGGAUGGAGGAAUGUCUCACAUGACCAUGUGCUGGCUCCUGUAAUAAAAGCAUGUAUGUUUAUUA